AUGUGAUGGAGCUGCUUGAAGAGGAUCUCACGUGUCCAAUUUGUUGCAGUCUGUUUGAUGAUCCCCGGGUCUUGCCCUGUUCACACAACUUCUGCAAAAAAUGUUUGGAAGGGCUCUUAGAGGGGAAUGUGCGAAAUUCACUUUGGAGACCAGCUCCAUUCAAGUGUCCCACCUGCCGCAAGGAAACUUCAGCUACUGGAGUCAACAGCCUGCAGGUCAAUUACUCCUUGAAGGGUAUUGUGGAAAAAUAUAACAAAAUCAAGAUCUCUCCCAAAAUGCCAGUGUGCAAAGGACACCUGGGGCAGCCUCUGAACAUUUUCUGCCUGACUGACAUGCAGCUGAUCUGUGGCAUCUGUGCUACUCGUGGUGACCAUACCAAGCAUGUCUUCUGUUCUAUUGAAGAUGCCUAUGCAAAGGAAAGGAAUGCCUUUGAGUCUCUCUUCCAGAGUUUUGAAACCUGGCGGCGUGGAGAUGCUCUUUCUCGCUUGGAUACCUUGGAAACGAGCAAGAGAAAAUCCCUACAGUUACUGACUAAAGAUUCAGAUAAAGUGAAGGAGUUUUUUGAGAAAUUACAACACACACUGGAUCAAAAGAAGAAUGAAAUCUUGUCUGAUUUUGAGACCAUGAAACUUGCAGUGAUGCAAUCCUAUGAUCCAGAAAUAAACAAACUCAACACCAUCUUACAGGAGCAACGAAUGGCUUUUAACAUUGCUGAAGCUUUCAAAGAUGUGUCAGAACCCAUUAUAUUUCUGCAACAAAUGCAGGAAUUCAGAGAGAAAAUCAAAGUAAUUAAGGAAACGCCUUUACCUCCCUCUAAUUUGCCCACAAACCCUUUAAUGAAGAAUUUUGAUACCAGUCAGUGGGAAGAUAUAAAACUAGUAGAUGUGGAUAAACUCUCCCUGCCUCAAGACACUGGCACUUUCAUUAGCAAGAUUCCUUGGAGCUUUUAUCAGUUAUUUGUAGGCCUCCUCCUGCUUGGCCUUCUCAUCUCCGUUGGUCCUGCCAUGUCCUUGGAAUGGUCAGUAUUUGAUGAAUUUACAGCUUGGAAAGAACAUCUCUCAAACUUCAGUUCCUGCUAUCUUACUAAAUCAGCUGAUUUUUUAGAACGAUCAGUUUUUUACUGGGAACAGAUGACAGAUGGGAUUUUCAUUUUCAGUGAAAAAGUCAAGAAUUAUACUUUGAUGGUGCUGAACAAUGUGGCAGAAUUUGUGUGCAAAUAUAAACUAUUAUAAAAUCUG